AAUUGAGAGCAUAUGAAAUAAAACUAGACCAAUUAAUAAACAUGCCAACUACACAGCUUUGUCACUGGACUGCAUUUUAUAAAUCACCAUAGCGGUUUAUUAAGAUUAAUGGAUAUACAUUUUAAUUUUUCUUAUCUACUGUACAUACACUAUCAUAGUAUAACUAGUUUAUGAAAAAUAUAAUCAUGCAAGUGAAACAAAGGAGGUGCUUCGGUGUCUGUUUUUUGAGGCUUAUCACUUUGUGGUUAGUUUAUUGUCUAAGUUCCGGAUUAGUUCCACCCACAUUUUCACUUGUAGGGUAAGCUGCAGUAAGGCAGCAAAGACUGCUUAUAAAAUACAAUACAAAAGAUAUGCUAGUUGUACUCUCAAUAAAAAUGACAUAGAAAUGCCUAAUACACAUAAUCUGUCUGAUGUCAAGUGAUUUAAAAUAUAUUCUUAAAUUACUGAAAUACAAUUGUUGAUGGGACGUUCUCGUCAGAAAGUCCAAUUAAAAUGGCGUUGACACUGCAGGAGUUUACUUACUCUUUAGAUCCAAAGACCCUUCCUAGAAUAAUACAGAUUCAAUCUGGGAUCUAUUUUCAAGGUUCUGUGUAUGAGAUGUUUGGGAAUGAAUGUUGUCUUCCUACUGGUGAAGUGAUAAAGAUUAUAGGCCUAAACAUCUCAAAAUUAUCAGCAGAGAUACAGAAAGAAGGCCCAGGCAGCAAGUGUAUUGAGCUACCUCUAGACUACCCAGGUCUUUUCAAGAUUGUAGCAGACAAUGAGGCUUACUAUACCAUUGGGGAUAUUGUAAAGUCCUUGCAUAUAUGUCAAAAUAGGCUGGGUCAGCCUGUCUUUAAGAGUACUGUGGACAUUACACUGAGCAAUGAUACAAUACAGCAAGGAGAGACUAUCAUGUUCACAUCUCUGGGGGAGAGAAGCUCUGAGCAGUUUGUGAAUACUGAAGUUAUGCGGAAAGAUAAAAAGCACACUUUUACACUACCACUGUCCCAGCAAGGGGAGUUUUAUGAAUGUGAAGAUGACCAGUUCUAUACACUGAAUGAGAUAAUAGAAUGGAAGUUGCCCAAAGGCAGAAAGCGAGCUGUGAACUUGGCAAAGACCUCAGCCAUAAAGGAAUUUACAUUCUGUGAGCUUCCUGAGAAUUUCAAAGGAGAACUAACUCUUACACCGGUUUAUGAACUACAAGCAGUUAUGAAGUUUCGCAAGGAUAUAGUGCACAUACCAUCCAGCCUUGAUGUUGAGGUGAUAGAUGUUACAGAUAAGUAUGACAUCAACUCCUUUGUGCAGCCUUUGUCAAUAAAUGACAUAUUUAACAGACCUGGUAACAACUUUCCUAUUGUGGCUGAAAUAAUAGAAGGCCCUGAGCAUACGGUAGAAAGUUUGAAGUUCCUCAAAUCUUGCAAGGAGGUUAUCAUUCACCAGGCCUUCCAAGCCAAGAGAAUUCUGGCAUCCGAGAUCAGGAGUGAUGCUCAAAAGCAUUUCUUGAUUCCCUGCACUUACAAUGGGAAGUUCAAAAGAAGGCCACGUGAAUUUCCAACUGCUUAUGACUUGGAAAUUGCCAAGAGUGACAAAGAACAGUUACAUGUCGUGGCAACCAAAGCUUUUGAAUCUCACUAUGAAGGACUGGAAACUGUUUUUGUUGGUGACCAGUUCCUAGUCCAGCAUCGUAAAAGUAGUGAGGUCAUAUAUGGUGGGACCCAGAAGAUGGUGGAAGCUCUGGCCUGUGAGAGAAUUGAAGGAAAAGUCUAUGAGCCUGUGCUAAUCCCCAUGUGUAUGGAAGGAGGCUUUAUGGAAGUUAUACAUGAUAAAAAGCAAUACCACAUCUCUGAGAUCUGCCAGAAGUUCCACUUGCCCUUCAAUGUUAAAGUGGCCAUGCGUGACCUUUCCAUUGGGGAGGAUAUUUUAGCUACCAUGCUUGGGCUGCAUCUAGAAGAGGAAAUCACUGAACCUUGCCUUCUCAUUACUCCUCUAAAAAACCUGUCUGAGUGCUGGGAAAUUCCAGUGAAUAGGAUCAAAAUGUCUCUCCAGCUGCUACAUAGACCAGAUAAAGGGACUGAGCCUCCUCCUGUGAAAACAGUGGUUGAAGAGAUCAGUGAAGACUGCUACUACACCCUGCGGAGGUAUGUGAAUGCCACACUGCAUCCUCCUCCUCGUCCUCCAAAGAAACCCCUGCAGCCACCAUCCAAAUCAUUUAAGCUUGAGGCACCCCAGCCAAAGAGACCUGAUGCUCCCAGCUCACCAAAGAGUCCACAUGUAAAUACCCUAAAGCCAUUUAAACCAAUCAAAGUCGUCUCCCCAGAACUGAAGAAUGCCACACCACAAUAUGAGUUUAUGAAGAUAACAGCAACAGAAAGCAACUUGCAAAAAGUCAGGAGCUCAGAAAAAUUGACAAAGGAAGAAGAUGAUGAUGGACAUGACUAUGAAUAUAUUGAUCAGGAUGAAGCUGAGGACAUUAGAAAAAAGUUCCAGGAAAAACACACUGAGAACAAGACAAACUACAAGCAAAAGACAGGCAACCAGUAUGAAGAACACAUGUGAAAGGUUAAAAGUGAAAUGGUAUCGCACUGGUAUUGUACUUGUCAAAAAUCAAUUUGAAAUACAAAACAUGUUAUAAAAUAUUUCAUAUGGAAAACUUCUGCUAACACCUACUGUAGAUGUGAAUCUGCUAAUAAUGAACAAAUGUCAAUCUAUAAAGGAUGUUAGUUUUGCUAUUGACAUGUACUGUACCCUUUGUAAAAGUUUAUUAUAGUAAAAGUAUAGCAAAGUUGAAUUACGCAUAAUGAAACCAUGGAAAAGCAUUGGGAAGCACUGUAAAUCACAGACAUGGCAGGUAUGGUAAAGUAUAAUAAUUAACAUGGUAAACUAUAGUAAAUAGAUAUUAGAACAAUGGGGAAAGCUGUAAAAUGACUGCAAACGUAUUGUAGUAAACUUUUGUAAGGGACAGUACAUCAAGUUUGCCACAACUAAUGUUCAGAAUAGUUCAGACAGUUAUUCAGAUUGUAUGUAACUUUAUGUCAUUUUAGAAUUGUGUUUUUGUAUAUUCCUAAAUUGUUCAGGCAUUGUUACCAUAGUCAUAUUAGUGCUAGACUGUUAAUAGAUAUGUACCAAAUCUGAGAAAACUCAUCGUAAAAUACAUUCUUGUUUGAUUUUUUUUUUCUUUAAAUUUAUAUUUAUACUGUACACAGAUUAACUGAGAAUUCAUUAUUUAUAACCAUCAAUCUGUCAAUAACUUCUUAGCACAUUAAUUUGAACACACUGUACAAAAAAAUUGAUGUGGUUACAUUGAAUGUAUGAUUUUUUUUGUUUGCUUUUUGUCUUGCUUGUCAUGCAUUUCCGGUUUUCUUAUUUUAAAAAAAUAGUAUCUGCUAUCAUGCUAGGCUUAAGAAAACAUGUGCUUGCAUGCUUGAAUGUCUUAAGACCUAGGUCAUUUCAAGAGACAUGCUUUGCCGCCAGUGGCAUGAUUUGACUGAAGACAAUGCUGAGGUGAAAUGACCUUGGAAGUGAAACAGUAACAGACUACCUGAAAGUAAGGCAUACAAACUGCAAGUUUUCCUAACAUUUAAUUAUAAUUAUUUAAAUAAAAUGAAGAGUCUGACUGACAGCUAACUUCAAACUGUCUUUUUGUUCAAAUAUGGCAUAUUGUAUCUUAGUUUCAAAAUGGCAUCCAUUGAUGUGUUUAGUUUUUAUUCCAGUAUGCACUCCAGUAUUAAAUAAUAUUUUACUUCUAGUAUAAUAUGGAUGACCACAAAAGUCAACAAUAACAUUCUCACAAUACCUCGGCGAAGUCAUUUAUUCAGGUAUCAUGUUAUUGCCUCGUGUUGUCCAGUGAUUUCUCCUUUUUAACUUAGCUAUUUUCUGUUUUUGCUCAGCUAAACGUGUACUUGCUCUCAUUUUACUUUCUGUUACAUGCAGUCUGUCUGCAUUCUAUUCUAGUCUGUAUACCUCCCGAAGUCAUUUAUUCUGCCUGUCUGCUAAUAAAACUGUGUUUUUGGUUCAGUGA